AUGAAACGCUUUAGCCAGAGAGUCCUCUCACGAGGCAAGGACCCCAACAAGUCUUCCAAGAAGAAUAAGGAUUCCAAGGAAGGCACCUCGUCUCCGUCUUCUCGAGAUUCAUCAAACCAGUCUCCUGUCCUGACACCCUCCUCCUCGACCUCGACGCUCAACGACAUUCGGAACAAGCCCCUGCCCUCCAAUAACGCUGGCCACGGAGGCGAUCACGGGCCUCCCGGUCAGCCUUCGAACCUCUCCAACGUCGCCCAGCCGGGCAAUGUUCCCGAGCGGUUCGGUUCGAUGGGGGGCGCCUCGAGUCCCAAUGGCGGCGGCGGCAAUUCCAGGCUGCCCCCCACAGUAGUCAUCAGCCCAACUCCGGGUCAUCUCCCCCCGCCUGGGGCUGCCGAGACGAUGCCUCACGACCUGGCCCCUCCCAAGGCCGGCCAGAAAUCGCUCCUGAUCCACAGGGGCAUCGAUAACCGCGAUGCUAUCCCCGAGGGGCUGCGAACACCCAAGCGACAGCACUCUUCUCGGUUUGACAUCUCCGCCCACCGGGAACUCGAGAAGCUCCCCGGAUUCCACGAGGUGCCACCAAACAGGCGUCAGGAGCUGUUCAUGCAAAAGAUUGACCAGUGCAACGUCAUUUUCGACUUCAACGACGCCAGCGGGGACAUGAAGGCCAAGGAGAUCAAGCGGCUGGCUCUCCAUGAGCUGCUGGAUUAUGUCGCUAACAAUAGGCAAGUCAUCACCGAGCCUAUGUACCCCAGAGUGGUCGACAUGUUUGCCAAAAACCUCUUCCGGCCCAUCCCGCCCCCGGUGAACCCCCAAGGCGAGGCGUUUGACCCGGAAGAGGAUGAGCCGGUUCUCGAGGUCGCCUGGCCGCAUAUCCAAGUUGUGUAUGAGUUCUUCUUGCGCUUCAUCGAGAGCCAGGACUUCAACACAAACAUUGCCAAGGCAUACAUCGACCAUAGCUUCGUGUUGCAGCUACUCGAUCUCUUCGACUCCGAGGACCCACGCGAGCGGGACUUUUUGAAGACGACGUUGCACCGCAUCUACGGCAAGUUCCUCAACCUGCGCUCCUUUAUUCGACGGUCAAUCAACAACGUCUUCUUCCAAUUCACGUACGAGACGGAACGGUUCAACGGCAUUGCAGAACUCUUGGAAAUCUUGGGCUCCAUCAUCAAUGGCUUUGCGCUGCCUCUAAAGGAAGAGCACAAAAUCUUCUUGACCCGCGUGCUGCUCCCCCUGCACAAACCCAAAAGCCUCAGCAUGUAUCACCCUCAGCUCGCCUACUGCAUCGUGCAGUUCCUGGAGAAGGACGCGUCUUUGACGGAAGAGGUCGUCUUGGGUCUUCUCCGCUACUGGCCAAAGGUCAAUAGCACCAAGGAAGUCAUGUUCCUGAACGAGGUCGAGGACAUCUUCGAGGUUAUGGACCCGGCCGAAUUUGCAAAGGUCCAAGAGCCUUUGUUCCACCAGCUGGCCAAGUCUGUCGCCAGCCCUCAUUUCCAAGUCGCCGAGCGCGCAUUGUACUUCUGGAACAACGAAUACUUCUGCAACCUCGUGAGUGACAAUGUGGAAAUCAUCCUACCCAUCAUGUUUGCGCCGCUGUACGAGAACUCCAAGGGCCACUGGAACAGGACAAUCCACGGCAUGGUGUACAAUGCCAUGAAGCUCUUUAUGGAAAUUAAUCCUCAGCUCUUCGACGAUUGCUCCCACGAUUAUACCGAACAGCAAAAUACUGCUGCCGAGCGAGAAGCCCUGCGAGAGCGCAAAUGGGCGGCCCUAGGCGAGAAGGCGAAUCAACGGAGAGCGUCCGCCAGGGGUGAUGCUACCGACUCUCCCGCCCUUGCACAGGCUGGAACUUUGCCACGAGUCGACGAAGUCGACCCUGUCAGUGAGGAUAACCAGAAACGGCUGGAUUCUCUCAAGCUCCAGGAUGCUGCUGGUCGACGAGCCAGCGGCCAUGAGCGAAGAAGCUCCACCAGCUCCACCAAGAGUCGAUGA